AUGUCGUCGAGUUAUGCUUUCGCACCGAAAAACUGGGGGGUUGGGUCUCCGGGGAAGAGAGGACCAGUUGGAGAAAAAGGUGAAAUAGGCCGGCCUGGACCCGUCGGGCCUCCGGCUAUUGUGGAUUACGAACGCAUCGAGACUGAGAUAGAAGAGAAGGUUGCGCCAGUUUUCAGUCAAUCAGCUGCGAACAACAACGCCCUCAUCUUGGCAAUUGAGAAAUUGGAAGAACGAAUAAAUAUUCUAGAAAGCAGAGAAGGUGCGUGUGAGAUAAAGUUCGACGGUAAAUGCUACUGGGUAGAGAGUCUUGAUCAUUUUGUGACAGGCUAUGAAAGAUGGGUCGCAAUAUGUGCGGAACGGAAUGGCUCACCAGCGAAUAUUUAUUCGGAAAAACAUUACAAUGUCAUCAUGCGAUACCUUCGAGCGAAAAUAUUUGCAAAGAGGGAUCUGAUUGCCCUAUGGGUGGGAAUGCGAACAAACCCAGAUACUCUAAUCGUUACACUUUCCGACGGAAGUCUAGCUCCAUUUAUGAAAUGGGCUCCUGGAUAUCCCUCUAAAGAUCCUGCUUAUACGCACAUGACAAUUGCUCAACGAGCUCCAUCAAGUUCUGCCAGCAUUGGUAUUCACAACUAUCCACCAACGUCCAGCAGAGAAGGCGUAUUAUGUGAAUUAUAGAGCAAUAGCAAUGCUUCGGAUAAUUUUCUUGACAUGGAAAUACUUUGUAUUUUCAUCUAAAUCUGGGAGGCACCACUUUGAAAUGUUAUAUAUAUAUAUGAAAUAUAUCCAAAUGUAUAAAGGUAACAAAGUCUAUUUUUAACGGUGUAGAAAACCAUCUCACAACAAAUAAUUCUGUAUCACACACCAGAACGCGAGUUUAGAAUCUUAUUGUGUACACCGAAUCAAUUGAAGCUAUAUUGGAAAUAUUGAAGUUUGGGUCGACGAGACGUGAGUUGCGCAAGUCAACCACAAGAUCAUGCUCUGACAAAAAAUCAGCUGUGAUCAGUCUCUGACAAUAACGAGUAGACUGCGUGGUUGUGUAAUAUUUUCUUUAAUUA